AUGGAAAGAGAACAAGACACUGCAAUUUCCAUCCUCGUUGUCGGGGGUGGUAUUGCAGGUUUGACCUUUGCUAUUGAGGCCCAUCGUAAGGGUCACAAUGUCCGGGUGAUUGAACGGCGACCCCUAGGGGUGACAUUCGGUGAGAUGAUUGUCAUCACGACUUCGGCCCUCCAGACUCCAAAGAAAUGGCCCGGCUUCAUGCAGGAGGCAAGGAAAGAGAGCGUAGCUCCGGAGGUCACUAUGAAAAAGUUUGAUGGUUCUGUGGUUGGAACCUUCCCCAUUGGCGAUCCGAACGACCCCUCUCUGGCCAUCUACCGCUCAAAGCUACAUAAGGUGCUCUACGGCUACGCCUCUCAACUGGGUAUUACAGUUGAAUUCUCCGCGAUGGCUUCCGAUUAUUUUGAAGCUGAUAAUCGUGCUGGUGUGGUCCUGUCUGACGGCCGAAGGCUUACAGCAGACAUAGUGGUCGCUGCUGAUGGGGUUGGCUCAAAGUCAUGGUCAUUGGUUGUUGGUAACAAGGAUCCUCCCAUCAGCUCAGGAUUCGUCUUAUACCGGGUCACAUUCCCCGCAGCACCGGCCCUCGAGAAUCCAGUUAUUGCAAGGGAGUUUGGAGGAUAUGAGGACCGUGCGUUCCUCCACGCGGGCCAGGGAGCGCACAUCGUAAGUUGCAAGUCGGAAAAUGAUAUUUGCUGGUUGCUCACCCUCCGGGAGGAUGGUGAUGAUACCGAAGAAAAUUGGGCCAAAACCACAUCAGUUGACAAGGCCCUUGCGGCUGUCAAGGGCUGGGAGCCCUUCGUGACCGAGCUUAUCGGUGCGGCACCCAACCGCACGGUGCUAGACUGGAAGCUGAUGUGGCGUAACCCUCAGUCAAAGUGGGUAUCACCUGGCGGCCGGGUUGUCCAGAUCGGCGAUGCCGCGCAUCCGUUUCUGCCGACCUCUGCUAGUGGUGGAACUAUGGCCAUGGAGGAUGCGUACUCUCUGGCUGCCUGUUUGAGUAUUGCUGGAAAGGACAACAUGUCUAUCGCAACAAAGGUGCAUAACCAUUUGAGGUUCGAGCGAGUCUCCUGCGCGCAGAAGAUGGGAUUCAAAAAUCGCGAGGUAUAUCACAACACUGACUGGGAUGCCGUUGCCAAGAACCCAGAGAUGAUGGGCAAGAUGGUCGGAAAUUGGCUGGUUAAUCAUGACCCAGAGCAGUACGCAUAUGAGAACUAUGACAGAUGUGCAGACCACUUGCUCAAUGGUGCACAAUUUGAGAACACAAAUGCUGUUCCUGGCUAUGAAUAUAAGCCAUGGACUGUCAAGGAGCUUCUGGACGCUUCGGAGCGUGGCGAGCCUGUUGUGGAUGAAGGCGACUGGAGCUAA